AUGAGUCAGCGUCUCAUUAGUGCGCUGCAAAAUGAACCAAACAAAAUUGACCUUUUAGUCCAUUCAUGUCUUUCUGCCGAUUACAAUUACUUCUUCUCCUUAUUCGAUCAAAUCUGUUUUGAAGUCAAUCAAAACAUUUAUCCAACACAAACACUUCAAGCAAAAUUAUUGAAUCAACUCUAUCAACUCUUCCCUCUUUUUUAUCGAAACCUCGGGUUUGUCUUGUCAACACAGGAAUCGAUAACACCAAAAAUUGUAUCAUCUUUUCGACUCCUCCGAAGUCUUCCCCUGUCUUGUUACAUCGACAAAGUGAUAUCAAAGUCAAUACAAAUCGUAGCGCAAUUCUACUCGUCGAAAACAAACACUUUAGGACAACUGACUCAGGCAAUAGAACCACUCGCAUCAUUUUUCCCAAGUGAUUUCAAUGAGGUUCUUCCUCUUAUUUACCUCAAAAAGUGCUUUCCAGUGAUGAACGAGUUGGUCACUUCUGAUGAAACUUUUUUAAUAUGUCGAGAUCUCCAAGUUUUGGCGUAUGAAAACACGCAACUUGCGAAAGUGAUUUUGACCCACGUCAAGAACGUGUUUGUGACAUUCACGUUACAAGCAUCGGAGAGCUUGCGGUUCAUUUUUAACACAAUGAGGAAUUUAUCGAUCAUCGACGGAUCACUUGAGUUGUGCGAUAUAUGUUUAUCGGAGAUAUUAAAGCGGACACAACUCACCGUGAGCGACUUUCUAGCCUUUGUCGAGAACGUCAAGUUCCAGGAGAGUUGUUUUGAGUUUCAAACUUCUCAAAAUGACGAACAAAAACUGUUUCAGCCACUCGACCAGAAGUACUAUGGGAAAGUCCCCGUCAAAUUAGUCAAAGCAAUUUCCGUGUUAUUUAAAAAUGAGUUAUUUGAGGAAUAUGAAAAGAGACUUGUCAAUCGGUUGAUCAACGCGAACUCUUCGGAGCUGGAGAUGUAUAACAAGACUAACACUUUUCUUCAGAAAUACGUUUUUGACGACAAUGUGGAAAACCCAUGUCAAGUGAUGUUUGCAGACGUUGAUCGGUCGUUGCAGGAAAUUUCACGAAAUGCCAUUUUCAGGCCAUUGGUGAUAUCAAAGGAGUAUUGGCCCGAACAACAAGACGUGUUUUUUAAAGACUGUAAAGAAGUCACUCUGUGGAAAGAAGACUCAUCAAAGAAAUUUAAAGAGCUCCACACACGUCAGAAUAUCACUUUUAAGCACUUGGGUAAUGUAUCUUUGAGAUACACUAACUUGGACGGAGAGACUACCACACAUGUUGUAACACCCUUACAAGCCACAGUCCUGAUUAAAGUCUCAAAAGAACAUAAUGGGAUUUUGGUGAAUGAACUCGCACACGAUAUGGGUGUCAGUGCAAAUUGUAUAACUGACGCAAUCGCAUAUUGGAUGGACAACAAAGUGAUAACAAUGACAGAGUAUUUUGGCAACUUCUUGCUCAAGAAAGAGUGA